GCUUAUGUUUGUUGUUAUAGAUUUUGAGAGAAUAUGGCUUCAACCUUUGCUGCCUUGUCGUCUGUUGGUUCUGUUACUUCAACCAGUGCCCAUGUAGCAGAUAAAAAACUGGCAAACACAUAUGAGACAUUAUCUUCAUUUGGAUCCAUAUCUUCCAGUUCAUCUCGAGUGAAGAGUAAAAAUGUAGUUCUGCGGAAAAGGUGUAAUCUUAAGGUUCAGGCUUUGGCCAAGGACUUGCACUUUAACAAGGAUGGUUCUGCAAUUAAGAAGCUGCAGGCUGGUGUUAACAAGCUUGCAGAUUUGGUGGGUGUCACCCUUGGUCCAAAAGGAAGGAAUGUAGUUCUUGAGAGCAAGUACGGCUCUCCAAAAAUUGUUAAUGAUGGUGUAACUGUAGCUAAAGAGGUUGAAUUGGAAGACCCUGUGGAGAAUAUUGGUGCUAAAUUGGUGAGGCAAGCUGCUUCAAAGACAAAUGAUUUAGCUGGUGAUGGGACAACUACAUCUGUUGUACUUGCACAGGGUAUUAUCACUGAAGGUGUUAAGGUUGUGGCAGCGGGUGCCAAUCCUAUUCAGAUUACAAGGGGUAUUGAGAGGACAGCUAAAGCCCUGGUGUCUGAGCUUAAGUCAAUGUCAAAAGAGGUUGAGGAUAGUGAGCUAGCUGACGUAGCUGCGGUUAGUGCUGGAAAUAAUUACGAAGUGGGAAAUAUGAUUGCAGAAGCUAUGAGUAAAGUGGGCAGAAAAGGUGUGGUGACUCUUGAAGAAGGGAGAGGUUCUGAGAACAAUUUGUAUGUUGUCGAAGGCAUGCAAUUCGACCGUGGUUAUAUUUCUCCAUACUUCGUCACAGAUAGUGAAAAGAUGGCUGUUGAAUAUGAAAAUUGCAAGGUAUUUACAAUGUCUUUGAGAUGAUCCUUCUUUCUGU